UGACAUUUUCUAGUAGUGAACUUCACUUUAGUCUCUUAAAACUUCUUAAAUCAGGAAUUGUGUCCCUUUAAAACAUUUUUUUUUUUUCUUUUAAGGGAAGACUGGGAGGGGAAAUGACUCAUUCCGUCCAUAAAGAACUGUUUUAUCGGUGAUAUAGCUAGCUGUUUGGUUGAGACUCCAGAGCAGGACAACUUCUGAAGCCAAUCGUGUACCAGAGCUCAGCCAGUGCUCCAGUCCGGAUCUUUUCGAAGCUGCUGACUUGUCUUAACUUUGAAAGAGUGGAGCAAGAGAGACAGAAAGACUGCCCGCCCCACCAUUUGAACACGGAAGCGGCUUCUGUAGGUUAGAACUUCACCUUCCUAAGUUCGGAUAAACAUGGAUUUCCGUGAAAUUCUGUGCAAGAUUUCAGAAGAAAUAGAUAGAGAAGAGCUGACUGCUCUGAAAUUCCUUUGCUUGGAUCACAUCCCGAUGAGGAAGCAGGAACUUAUCAAUGAUACUUUGAAAUUCUUUGAGAUACUUGAAGAAAAGGUUUUGUUGAAGAAGAACAAUCUGUUCUUCUUGAAGGAACUGCUGUAUUACAUAUGCCGAAUAGAUCUCCUCACAAAUUUGAACACUAACAUAACAGAGUUAGAGCAUCAAAUUCGAACCAAAGCCCAGGUUUCCUCCUAUAGGGUUCUGCUUUUUAAUCUGUCACAAGAAGUGGCAAAAUUUGAAUUGAAAUCCUUCAAAUUUAUAUUAAGGAACAAAAUCCCCAAGUGCAAACUAGAAGAUAAUAUGACCUUAAUUGAUAUUUUCAUUGAGAUGGAAAAACGAGGAAUUUUAGGAGAAGAAAACCUGGGUACCCUGAAGGAAGUUUGUGAUGUCAUUGAUAAGACUCUGGUGAAGAAAAUAGAAGACUAUGAAUCAAGCAGAGUGGAAAGAAGCAUAGAGAGAGUUCCAGUGGAAAUCCAAUAUGUUGAAGAAAUGAUGACUGAGCAGGCAACAACUGGAGAUUUUCCAGGAGAAAAGGUCCAGGACAAAGCAUAUAAAAUGAACAGCAGGCCUCGGGGGUACUGCUUGAUCAUCAACAAUAACGACUUCCAAAGGGCAAGGGAAGAAAAACCUGAGUACAAGAAACUAAAUGAUAGGAAAGGGACUGACGUAGAUGCAGAAGCUCUAAAAAAUACCUUCAAAGAGCUUCAUUUUGAAAUUGUGACUUUACAAGAUCGCACAGCAAAACAAAUACACCAAGACCUACAGAUCUUCCAGAACAAGAACCACAAAGAGAGAGAUUGCUUUGUUUGCUGCAUCCUGUCCCAUGGAGAUAAAGGCACCAUCUAUGGCACUGAUGGGCAGGAGGUAGCCAUCAGAGAUCUGACAUCAUAUUUCUCUAGUUCCAAUUGUGUCUCCCUUGCUGGUAAACCCAAAGUAUUCUUCAUUCAAGCUUGUCAAGGCAGAACAAUGCAGGGUGGGCUCACCCUCUACACAGAUUCUGAGCAGGAAAGAGAAUCUUUGGAAGUGGAUACAUUGCUUCAGAAUGAAUGCAUUCCAGAUGAGGCUGACUUUCUGCUGGGGAUGGCAACCGUGGAGAAUUAUCUCUCUUAUCGACAUGUAACAGACGGAACCUGGUAUAUACAGUCCCUUUGCAAGAAUCUGAAGGAAGGAUGUCCUCGAGGACUGGAUAUUCUCGACAUCCUGACAAAAGUAAAUGCUGAAGUGAGCCAAAAAAUUGACUCUAAGAACAAAGGGAAACAAAUGCCACAACCUAAAUAUACUCUUAGGAAAAAACUUUCCUUUCCCAUUAACUAGAAUUGUUGGCACUACUUAAAACUGUAUAUAUCCCAAACCAGAAAUAAAAUCUAUUUAUUUGCAUUAAA